UAGCCAGUCAGAGCUACGUUUCCAUCGUCAACAGGAAACGAGGGAAGCGUCCUUGGAGAUGUUGUUAGUACUGUAACUUUCAUAUCUUUCUCCCUUCUGCGUACACCAUGUCUCUAUUAAACAACUUAUAACCGGUCGGUUUUGCCACAGAGGCUAAUGAGAAAACGAUUGAAAGUUUGGAAGUAACCAUGACUGCAGCUGCUCUCAUAGGAGACCAACUGAUCCUUGAAGAGGACUAUGAUGAAAGCUAUACACCCUCUGAACAAGAGAUCCAAGAGUACGCAAGAGAGAUUGGCAUUGAUCCCGACGGUGAGCCGGAGCUCCUGUGGCUGGCUAGGGAAGGCAUCGUUGCCCCUCUGCCUCCCGAGUGGAAGCCUUGCCAGGAUGUGACAGGGGAUAUCUACUAUUUCAACUUCUCCUCGGGACAGUCCACAUGGGAUCACCCAUGCGACGAGCACUACCGCCGCCUGGUGGCCCAGGAGCGUGAGCGAGCCCAGCUCACGGCGGCUGCAGGAGGCACAGGGGCGAAGAAGGACAAGGACAAGAAGAAGAAGAAAGAAAAGAAGGAGAAGAAAGAGAAAAAGAAGAAGGAGCCGCUCAAAACUCCUGGAGCACUGAGUUCAGCCCUGGGACCUCUACCAUCCCCCCUGGGCAGCCUGGCUCCUCUGAGAGGUCUGGAUGCUCUUGGCCCAGGCCCACUGCCUGGUUCGGCCCCUGCUCUGCGGCGGUCCCUUGGCAGCACUGGGGGACUGGAGCCCCUAAAGACUUCCCUUGGGGGCCCUCGGAGCAGUGGAGCAUCUAGUGUUUUAGGCAGCAGGCAGGAGGAGAGGGUGUCUCUCACUCUGCCUGGCUUUGAUGAUGAUGAUGAUGAUGAUGAUGAUGAUGAUGAUGACAAUAAGAAAAUCUCCAAAAACGAGCCGAGUCCUCGCGUUUCAGACCGAUUAUUGAAGAACCUUCAUCUAGACCUGGAUGCCCUUGGAGGAGGCCUACAUUAUGAGGACAGUGAAGCCAGUGGUGAAGCUCCAGCUGAGGAGAGAACAGAUCCAGAAUUGCAGGACUUGGCCUUAUCUGGAGACCACAGCCCUGAACCACCAUCCCAACAGGAGUCUGAGGCCAGUGAAGACAUCGAGAAGGCUCCAUCCUCCAUAGAUGUCAAGCUGUCGGAAAAGGUUCUGGACAUCAACGACCUGUCCGGCACUAUCAGUCCACUGGAGAGAGACGAUAAAGAGGAAACAAAAAAGGAAGAGGAGAAUGAAUGGGGGGCAAAGACAAAGGAGGCUAAGGCUGCCAAGGGCCAUUUGCAGGCUGCUGGCAGAGACAACCCUCUAGCUCCAAAAGUUGACCGACUCAUCCUCCACCAGCUCAGCCAUUCGCCCUCCCUCUCAAGCUCAUCCCACUCAGAUCAAGCUGACAUGCUCCGUUUAAAAACCGAAAGCCUCGGCAUGUCUCUGGGGUUACAAAGGCCUGAGACCUCCAGAGGUCGGCUGGUCCGCACUUCCAACACCCAGCUUGAAGACUCUGAACCCCCCUUUCAAAACCAGGAGAGCCCACUGGAAGAAGAGGGCAGCUCAAGAGAAGAGCUGAGGAAAAAAGAAGACGAGGAGGAGAGGAAGCUGAAGGAGGAGAGUGAGGAAAGACUGAGGGCUCUACGGCAGCAUCUCGUGUCUAAGAGGAGAGAGGAGGAGGCCAGGCUGAAUAAAGAGUCUGAGAGGACACUGGAGGAGCUCAGAGAGUCUGUCCGCCUGGAGAGGGAGAGGGAGCAACACCAACUCAGGAAGGAGAGUGAGGUCAUGCUGAAGGAGUUAAGCAUCACUCUAGAGGAAGAGCGAGUAGCGGAGCGCGACAGACUGGAGGCCCAGAAGAGGCAGGACACUGAACGUCUGAAGGCUGAGUCGGAAGAGGAGCUGCAAGCGGAGAAGAGGAGACUCCAGGGAGAGAGGGAGGAGAAACUGAACUCCCUGAAACACGAGGUCAAUAUAACAGAGAAGAGGAGGGAGUACAUGAGUCCACGUCCUGAACAGCAACUGGCAGAUUACCACCGAGAGCUAGCUGAUGUUCUUCAGGAAGUGCGGGAAGAGGUGCAGCGUGAUCACGAGAGGAAGCUGGAGCAGUUGAGGGAGGACCACAGAAGAGAGAUGAACAGCAUCAGAGAGAAAUACUUGGAUGAGGAGACUGCUCAGAGGGCGCGCUUGCUUUCUACUCUGCAGGAGGACAGAGAGCAUCUGCAGGCCUCGCAUGCUGUCCAACUGGAGAAACUCCGCCUGCAGCUCAACACACAGAUACAAAAGACACAGCUGACACACUCGCGCAAGGAGUCAGAACUGGAGGAUCUAAAAGAUCAGAUGGAGCUGAGAGCCAGAGAGCUGAAGAGCCAGGAGGCCAUGCUGCAGACCAAGGUAGCAGAUCUGAAGAGGAGGAGGAAGAAGCUUGGAGAGGAAGAGGAGGAAGUAGACAGACAGAUAGAGGCCUUACCCCGGCUGAUCCAGGAGAGAGACCAGCUGAUGGAGGAGCUGGAGAGGAUGAGAGAGGAGAAAACUCAAGCCAGAGAACUCCUUCAGAGAGCCAGGGAAGAGAGGAGUGAGGCCAAGGAGGAGGGGGAGAGGCUUCGGGAGGAGAGAGACAAAGCCAGGGAAGAGAGCAGGAGGUCAAAGGAGAACAAAGAGCGACUGGAGAGCAAGGUGGCAUUGAUGCAGGAGAGAUGCAACCAUCUCAGUCGCAGAGUCAGUGAGCUAGAAUCAGGAGCAAGCAUCUCCACCAGACCAGAACCUAAACAGGACAAAAAGAAGGCAGAGAAAGCAGAGGUGACAGCGCCCUCCAGUGACAGAAGAGACUCACCGCUACAUGUAGAAGACCUGGAGGACCUUCCACUCUCCCCUGUACCCGACAGCCACAGCAGCAUGGACGAGUUUCGACGCUACAUCUCCACACAUAACGCAUCCAUCCGAAAAACCAAAGUCUUCCUGGAGAGGGAGAGCAGCCGGCUGAUGGAGAGACGGGCAGCUCUGCGGGCGGCCCAGACCAGCUCCUUCCAGGACCCCAGCCACAAUGAAGGGGUUACUGAGGAGAUGACGAGAAACCUCCAGCAGGAGGCCAGAAAUGUGGUGGAGCUGCAGCGGGCGGUUCAGAGAGGAACCACUCUCCUGCGGAGGAAAGAGGAGCAACUCCAGCAGCUAGAGAGCUCUAUAGCUGAUGAGCCUCUGUUUGAGGGUCUGUCUCGGCUGGCAGGAGAGAGGAAGGUGACUUUUGAUGUGACUGAAUCUGACCUCAGCAGCACUGUGGACCCAUUGAAUGGAACAGAAGGUCAUCCUACAGUCCCGGACAAAGUCCAGGAGUUAGGAGAGUCUUUGCAGCAGAUCUCAAGCCAGCUCAACACCGUGCUGAGUGCGUUGGGUUCGCUGGCCCAGAGGCAGAACGACACACCCUAUUCAGCCUACCCUCUGCAUCUGUCUCAACCUCACUCCACCCCAACUGCCACCUCCACCUCUGCAGCAGUCAUGCACCAGAUGCACAACCGGGGUCCCGGCUCCUCAGCCCCACCUCCCCCAGUGAGGCUCCACGAGCCGUCCUGGAACUGGGCACCCCAAGGCACCUCUGCAGCCACCCCUCUUUUCAGUACCCGCAACAGCAGUGGGUUGAGCGGCUCUGAGGAUCUAAUCAACAGCAGAUGGAGCCAGAUAUUCUCCAGAGGAGCUAUGGACCCGAUCGCCUCCAGCACCAUGGGGCCUACCUCUGCGUACUCAUCAUACAUUCCUGCUAGUGAACAUGGUCGUAGCCUGCGGCCCAUGCAGAAGUCAGGGGAGGUAGACGGCCAGAAGCUGCAGGGGCUGAUUGACGGCAACAAGAGGUGGCUGGAGAUGCGCAAGAAAGACACCAGCAUACCUCUUUUCACUCGGUAUCCGGUUCCUUCAACCAAGAGCGGCCUGCUCCAGCUGGGCCUGGAUGACAACAACCAGAUCAGAGUCUAUCAUUACUGAGGACAUGACAUACAGUUCAGUCCUGUUGCACUGUGACUGUCACUGAGGACUUUGAAGCAUUAAUGGCUUGUCACGUUUACACGCAGGGCUUGACGUGAGCGUCCCCUGAGUCAUUCCUUUAAAAGAAAACAACUUUUAGUGCAAAGGUUCUCAGGGAAAGUCCAACCUCAUCUACGGUGGAUUUGAGAAAGAGAUGACUGCAGAGGACAUGGCAAUUCAGGGAGCAACGUGUCACAGAGGGCUGAGGACUUUCAUCCUCCAACAUUAUAUAUGGCUGUGAGCAACAGGAGACUGUUUUAAAGCACUUCAGUGUCCCGUUUACAGAUUAUAGCUCAAUGGCUCAAGGCUUGGGCCAAAUGGUUUACUGUAGCUUACUGUGAUGCCCAAUGGGAAAGUCAAGUUUACUAUACUUCUCCAGCUAAAAACAUCCCAGACACUUAUCUUCAUCUUGUGAACCCAUUUGCUGCUGUAGGCAGGAAAUAAUACAUCAUAG